CUGGGGGCGCGGGCGGCCGCCGCUGAGGAGGAUGGCGGGGGCGAGGCGGGAGCUGCGCGUGCUGCUGGCGGCCAGCCCGGGCCAGGCGCGGGGCUCCCCGCGGGACGCGGCGCGAGCCCGGCUGAGCGCGGGGCAGGACGCCCUGGGCAGCCUGCUGCUCCGUGAGGGGAUCUAUCUGGAGUCCCUGGGGCCGGGCGGAGGCGGCCGGGCGCGGGGCGGCGUCCUGCCGGGAGCGUGGGCCGACUUCCUGUGGGAGAAUACGGAAGAGCAUGAUCCACAAGCAAACAAGACAAAAAUACUGGCUCUGAGUGAAAGUCACGAACUGUUUGUCUAUGAAUUCACUAGAGAAGAUGGAACGUGCAACCCGAUUUCCCUGCACAGUUGUAAGGAAGAUACACUGAGAAAGCUCCUCGAGGCUAACAAUAUUAGUCUGUCUUCAAUUUUGUCUUUGAGGAUACUGUCUUUUAAAGACAACAAAUGCAUACUUCUGCUCAACAACUUUAUUGUUAUGCACCUUACCUUUCCUGGAGAGCGUUCAUCAUUGGAGACAUGUGGCUGCUUUACCCUUGAUUUGCCUCCGCCAGUUUUGGAAAGAAUAACGGACACAAGCUUCUGCAGGGGGAUUCUGUUUUUCUUAGACAGUUCUGGUUGGAUUUACGUAUUUGAUUCUUUCGAUGGUGCAAAUCUAGCAAAUAUCGACGUGGCGCUCUGCCAGGGAGGCGUGCGGGAUGGGGACAGGAGUUCCACCGUCGCGUCACCGCUCACUGCACUAAAGGUGUCCUACGAUCUCAGUGUUGCUGUGAUCAUCAGUUCUUCCAACCGUGCCUGUUCUGUGGAUCUAAACGUGUACUUCAGACAGUUCCCUGGGCAUUUGAUUUGUAAAAGAGAUCCUGAAAGUCUUCCCCUGAAGCCACCUGAAGGAGUUGAUGAGGAUGACCUUGCUAGUUCUGACUACAGUAUGGAGCUUUUGUCGUCGCCUUUCCGCACAGACAGGUCGUGGAGGGCACACUUAUCCUCACUGCGCAGCACAAUCAGGAGAAGAAAAUCGCGUUCCCCACAUUUGAUGCAUGAUGUGAACUUACCUUGGUAUCAGUAUUUCACCCAUCUUGAAGAUCACGAUCCCUUAAUCUGUGAAACUUCUGAGAAGGCGCUGGCCGUUGCUCCGAAGGCUUUUCCCCGUGUCCUCUCCAAACCGCUGCAGAGCGCUGGGACAAGGCUCGGUGAUACAGGGCAGCAGUGGAAACAAAUCCUCCCCAUACAAUUAUCACAAGAAGUGGUGAAACUGGAGUGUAAAUCUGUGACUGAAGCUAAAGCACUGUUUGUGCUACUAACGGAUGACAAAGCACUGACACUUGCUCUCUGGGAUUUUGAGUCCCAGGAUGUAACUUAUUACCAGUUUGGCCAAGGCAGUGUUUAUGUGGAUUGUAAUGAAGAGGUGCCAUUAUGUCUGCUUCUGACAGAGCGUGGCCUCUCCUUAAUUCUGUUUGGUUUAACUCAAGAGGAGUUUUUGAAUAGACUGAUGAUCUAUGGCAGCGCUGGAGUCGUAGACUCUGUAUGUCACCUCAAUGGAUGGGGACGGUGUUCGAUUCCAGUACAUGCACUAGAGGCUGGCUUGGAAAACCGGCAGCUAGACACAGUAGACUUAUUCUUAAAAAGCAGAGAAAGUCUUUUCAAUCUUUCUGCACUCUGCUCCGAACCCCAGCAUUCUGCUGAUGGCGCGUCCCGGUCUUUUCUGAAAAAUUUGCAGGAGCUGAGACCAGCUUUAAACUUGCUUUCCUCGGCAAUCAGAGAGAAUGACAUGGAGCCUCAGAGUAAGCACUUUUCAGAGCAGCUGCUGAACCUCACAUUGACUUUCCUUAGCAAGCAACUUGAAGAAAUUUUUGUCCACACAGAGGAACCUGAUGAAUACCUGCAGAAGGCUGCAGAUAUUUUAACUGAUUACAUUAUUGAACUUAGGACGUUUAUGAAAAACUAUCCUCGGUCACAAGUCAACAUCACAAAUGUAGGAAGCGAUUCUGAUGAAGACCUGCCUGCAAUAGAAGAAAGCCAGAAGUGGGAAAAACUGACACCUGAGGAAGUAAUUGCUGAGGCCAUCUUAAGCAACAAAAUGCCAGAGGCCCAGACCUUCUUCCGAAUGCACCAGCAUCCUGCUCAGAGUCUCCAGGAACUGAUUCGGACGGGUUUGAAUCUGGUCUAUGAGCGACUUCUGAAGGGCAAUACCAGAGAGGCCUCCGCACUUCUGAGAAACAUGGGUUUUGAUGUGAAGCAGCAAUUGCAUAAGAUAUGUUUCUACACGGUUGAUAAGCGUGUACGAGAUUUGCUGGUGAAAGUUUUACAAGAAGAAAAUUAUUUUUCUGAAAAAGAGAAGAAAAUGAUAGACUUUGUGCAUCAGGUUGAAAGCUUGUACUCGGAGUCCUUCCAAGAAAAUAAAGAGAUGCAAUCUCUUUCCAGUGCAAAGAACUGGAGAAAGGAACAAGACUUUUCCGAACAUUCAGCCGUGCUAGACUCACUGAUGGAUCGUGAUAGACGGCAGGUUCCCAGCAGGGAGGUCACAGUGAUGUUUGACUGGGCUCAGUGGUGGGAUGAGCUCGUUCAGGAUAUGAUUCUUCUCCCCAGAAAAAAAAGCCAAGGACUUGCCACGUGUAAUCCUGAGGCUCUUUGGAUGCACCUGACAGCCCAGCACGAUUGGCUUAGUAUCAGUUCAUGGAUUGAAGAAUUUGAGCCCAGCCACCCUUUGUGUGGACAAGCUAAGUGGCCGCCCCUGACUGCAAACAUUGCUGACCGAAACACGUUGUGCAGUGGCUACAUGAGAAAUGAUAUAUUGAACAAGCUGGCUAGAAAUGGGAUUUUUGUCCUUUCUGAAUUGGAAGAUUUUGAACUUCUGCUCCAAAGAUUGGUUCACGUCGGAGGAGUUCUGCAGAAUCCUCACCCUGUUCCAAAAUACAGUGCUGCAAGUGGCUUGGACUUCCACGCUCGUUUUGUCCUUCACUGCUUAGAACAUAAUUUGCAGUAUAUGUUGUACACGUACCUGGAUUAUUACAGUUUAACUCCUUCCAACUGCCCUAUUUUGGAUGACAAGGAACUGCAUGAAGCACAUCCCUGGUUUGAAUUCCUCGUGCAGUGUCGAGGGGUGGCCAGUAACCCACGAGAUCCAAAGAUGAUUUUUCAGGCUAGUCUAGCGAAUGCUCAGAUCUUGAUUCCUAGUAAUCAAGCCAGCGUGAGUAGCAUGCUCCUGGAAGGACGGACACUGCUAGCACUUGCUACCACGAUGUAUGCACCUGGAGGCGUUGAUCAGGUUCUUCAGAAUGAAGAUACGGAGAAACCUUUAAAGAAAGUUGAUCCUCAGCUCUUAAAAAUGGCAUUGACUCCUUACCCCAAGCUCAAAGCUGCUCUCUUUCCCCCAUGUACCUCUCAUGGAAUUUUGCCACCUGACAUCUCUCUUUACCAUCUUGUUCAGUCAUUAGUGCCCUUUGAUCCCAGUAAAUUAUUUGGCUGGCAGUCAACGAAUACCCUUGCUGUGUCAGAUGCAUCAAGUGACUUUCCUCAUUUUUCAUCCCCUGACCUGGUGAACAAAUACGCUGUAAUGGAGCGACUGGAUUUCCUGUACUAUUUGCGCCAUGGACGCCCAUCGUUUGCCUUUGGUACAUUUUUGGUCCAGCAGUUAGUGAAGAGCAAAAGCCCCAAACAGUCGAUUCAGCAAGCAGGAAGUGAAGCCUAUCUUCUAGGCCUUUCUUUCUUCAAUGUGCCUUCAGUAGCUGUUGCCUGCGUGUGUUUUCUGGAACUGCUUGGGCUCAGCAGCCUCAAACUGCGAAUUGAUAUUAAGGCUGCAAACAUGAUAUUCAGUUACAAAACCAGAAAUGAAGAAUCUCAGCACGAUCAAAUAAGAGAAUCUUUGGUUGAACAGUUAAUGAGGUUGGCUGAUGGUGAAAAAGCAGCAACAGAAGAAGUUCUUAUCUCCUUGGAAGAAGCCUUUUGGGAUUCAAUUGAGCAUCAAGGAAUAAAGAAGACGUCCAGUGACUCCAGACGGCAGUGGUCUUUGGUGGUGCAGUUCUGCAAACUCCACUCCACCAAACUGAGCACCUCGUACCUGGAGGAAUGUGCUAAAUGCAAUGACUGGCUGCAGUUCAUCAUCCAAACCCAGCUGUACAGCUACAAGCCAGAGGAGGUCACUUCUGUCCUCGAAGGCUUCGCUCCCAUUUUACAAGAUCACUUGAUGCUGGCACUGGAGAAGUCACCGCUUCUGAGUCCUGCUGAGGGCAGUGCUGCCCACGUGUUCAGGAGCAGACACGCAGGCAGUCUCUUCCAAAUCCUUUUCCAGUGUCAGGAGAGCUCCAGUGCUUCGUGUCACCUUUUGGCUGAAGGGCUGAGGGAACAUGCCCCUGUUCUGAGUGUUUUAGCAGCGUGUUUCCCAGACGCUGACAUUAUUCAUUGUCUUUGUGUCUGGAUAAUUACCAGUGUGGAUAAUGUUACCAGAUCUGAAGCAACAAAACAUAUUCAAAGCUCAGCAGAAAAUCACAAGUGGGAUCUUCAUGACCUAUCACUUAUCUGGAAAGUGUUUUUAAGGAAGCAAAAAUGUCAAACGCUUAGAAGGGGAUUCCAGCUCUUUUUGAAGGAUUCCCCUUUACUGCUUGUACUGGAGAUGUAUGAUCUGUGCAUGAACUGUAAAAAAUACAGCGAAGCUAAAACCAAACUGGACGAGUUUCAGAAACAUCUCAUGAAUCUUAAAGCCGCCGAGGGACCAGCAGCUUCCCAGCUCCCUGUGCAAUGGCUGGAAUCGCAAGCACUGUUUCUUCUGGAAUUGAUGAUGCAGCAGUGCAGGACAGAAUACGAAUUAGGAAAGCUCUUACAGCUGUUUGCUGCUACGGAUAAUCUUCUCCUUGAUGGCCCUUAUGUGAAGAAACUCUGUGCGCUCAGUGAGAUCCUGAAGGAUUCCUCCGUGGCCAUGAAUCGCUCCAUCCUGAGCAGCUCCACCGCAGCAGCGUUUCAGAAUGAGUGCAGAUCGAUUCUGGAGCAGCUCCAGGAGAAGGGAAUGUUCUCGCUGGCUCGGGAGGUGGCAGAACUGGCUGAAUUGCCUGCGGACAGCGUGGUUACCCGAGAGAUUCUAAGAGACCUACAUCUUUUAAGAGACACGGGAGAGUGGCAUCAAAAUCAGAUACGAAUUAAAUUCUGGAAGAAAUGUAAUGACAGCUUCAUGAAAAAUUCAAUCUCCAGCAAAGCUGCCUCAGAUUUCUUUUUGAAUCAAGCAAAUCUGGUGUUUGAAUCUUCAGUUCAUGAGAAGAUAAACAGCAUUGCAGAGAGACAUUUGCUGCUUACUUUGGCUGGCCAUUGGCUAGCCAAGGACGUCACAGUGGCACUGGACAAAUUAGAAGAAAUAGAGAAACAGAUCUGGGUUUGUCGCAUCACGCAACAAACGUUGUCCACAGAUGAGGGGCCAAGCAAGUCGGGACGUUCCUCCUGUGCUGCAGCGAAUGGAGAUUUUACUUUUGAUAGCUUGGCUAAGGAAUUUUCCUUCUCAAAGCUACCUGCUCUGAACACACCAAACUACUUAAACGUAGAGGGUCUGGAAUUCAGGGAGUCUCAGCAGACCUUGGCUGAGGAUGAGGAGGAAUCGCUCAGGUUUCUGGUUGGGUGCCUCCUCGAUGAAGGCAGCGUGCAUGAAGCCAGCCGCCUUUGUCGAUAUUUCCAUUUCUACAGCAGAGAUGUUUCGCUGGUAUUGCACUGCAGGGCUCUGGCCUCGGGGGAGGCUGAUCCAGACAAACUGCACCCAGAUAUUCAGACUCUUCUUGUAGCAGUAGAGAAGAAGACACAGGAAAGCGGUGCAGCGCAGCAAAGCAGAGUUCCCAGCACAUCAAGCUUGGAGGACUGGACGCACAUCGCAGCUCCAUCUCCGGAUGAUCCAGUCGUUGUCAGUCUGAAGGCUCUCACAGAUGAGUGUGUCCAUGGGAGAAACUACUGCAGACAGGUUCUCUGUCUGUAUGAACUUUCUAAGGAACUGAGCUGCUCCUACAGUGAAAUGUCAGCCCUGGACCCUGACAAAGUGCUGCGAGCAAUUCUGUCAUCCCAGCAGCCAGAGCGCUGCAGGAAGGCGCAGGCGUUCAUCACCACGCAGGGCAUGCAGCCUGGGACUGUGGCAGAGCUGGUGGCCAAAGAAGUCGUGCAGGAGCUGCUGGCAUCUUCAGAAGGAAGAGGACAGAAGCAGGUUUCAAGCCCUGCAGCUGAGGGCCAGGCGUUCCUGCAGCUCGCCAAGCUGUGCCAGGAUCCCACGCUGCUCGGCAUGAAGUUGCUGGAUAAAAUUUCCUCUGUACCACGUGGGGAACUGUCAUGCAUUACAGAGCUGCUGAUUUUGGCCCACAACUGCUUCAGUCUGACUUGCCACAUGGAAGGGAUCACCAGGGUCCUCCAGGCAGCGCGGCUUCUCACGGAUGAGCACCUGGCACCUAACGAUGAGUACGGACUGAUGGUUCGUCUCCUCACUGGGAUUGGCAGAUACAAUGAGAUGACCUACAUAUUUGAGCUGCUGCACGAGAAACAUUACUUUGAAGUGCUCAUGAGAAAAAAGUUAGACCCGAGUGGGACGCUGAAGACGGCUCUGCUGGAUUACAUCAAGCGCUGCCGCCCCGGGGACAGUGAGAAGCACAACAUGAUUGCCCUUUGCUUCAGCAUGUGCCGAGAAAUCGGAGAGAAUCAUGAGGCUGCUGCUUGCACACAGCUGAAACUCAUUGAAUCUCAGCCGUGGGAGGAGUCUCUUCAAGAUGUUGCAAACUUAAAGAAACUGCUGAUGAAAGCUCUGACUCUCUUCAUUGACGCAGCAGAAAGUUACUCUAAGGACUCCUGUGUCCGCCAGGCCCUGCGCUGCAGCCGCCUCACGAAGCUGAUAACUCUGCAGCUGCAUUUUCUGAGCAGCGGUCAGAGCACGAUGCUGAUAAACCGGAGCAGGCAGAACCUGAUGGAGUGCAUCGUGUCCUUGCCUAGAUUCUAUCAAGCGGCUGUUGUGGCCGAGGCUUAUGACUUCGUUCCCGAUUGGGCUGAAGUUCUGUACCAGCAAGUGAUCGCUAAGGGAGACUUCAAUUACCUAGAAGAAUUUAAACAACAGAGGCUACUGAAGCCUGCCCUGUUUGAGGAGAUCGCGAAGAAAUUUAAGCAGCACCCAGCUACCGACGCCGCCCUGAGGAAUCUGAAGAAGUUGCUUGCUUACUGCGAGGACAUCUCCACGUACUACAGGCUGGCGUACGACAACAAGUUCUACGACGUGGUCAAUAUGCUGCUGAAGGACGCGCAGACCGGCUGCUGCCUUCAGGACCUGUUGUCCUGCUAGAGCCAGGCGCCGCGCCCUGCAGGGUUAGUGCUGCUUCUCACACGUUUUCUAACGCUGACAGGGCUACGCUGCUGUGGAAGGUGCUCCAGAAAACUGCUGGUGGUUGUAAAUAUUUGAAGUGCUGAUACUGCCUUACCCUGAAGGUGUUCUGUACAAUAAAUCCUACCAUUUACGGGUA